CUUAAAUUUGGUCUGAUUUUAAAAAUGGAUUCUCUGCGAAGCCACUUUUGGUUUUGGCUCUUGCUCGGUAUGAUUUUUACUUGUUUGAUAAUUGGCAUCAUCUUUGUCUUCAUCAACAUGUGCAUCCGGAAAAAAGGGAAAAAACGAUUCUUACGGCGUCACGGAGACUCCCAAGACAUGAACAGCAGAAAAUACGAAGAAUUGAGCCAUUCAAAUCCACCCUUGCCUCCUCGCACUCAAUUCCUACUCACCGAGGCCCAGUCCUAUGAGAAUGUUGCAGAAGUCACUGAUGACAGACUUAAAUCGAUGUCCCUAAACCAACAUCAGCAGAACAUGGCCGACGUACCCGAACAUAUGCACAUCCUGGACCAGAAGCCUUACCAGAACCAAGAUCAAAACAUGACCAACCUUCAUCGCAAAGACCAGACAAUUAAUAAUAACUUUGAUUAUCAAAAUGAGAACCUGAACCUCUUUUCCAACCAAGACCAGACCCUUACUAACUUUGAUUAUCAAAAUGAGAAACUGAACGACUUUCGCAACCAAAAUCAUCCCUUGAGCACACCCCAACAUCAUGAUCAAACAAUGACUCGCUUCCAAAUUCAAGAUCACUACUUGAGCAAUCUCACUAAUCGAGAUCAGAAGCUGGAGACCCUCCACAACCAAGAUCAGACUCUGGCCGACCUUCACGACUAUGUUCAGAUCCCUGACUUGCAACCGGACUACGUGGACAUAAAGGACCAAGAUGAAGACAUGUUAGGAGGAGUAUUGGAUUUGGCGGAAGACACAGCUGAGGACUAUGAUGACAUUGGAGAAGAAAUUCACGAGGAGAAGGACUACGACGACAUUGGCUGAGUCUCCACUUUAUAGAUGAUAAACACUUUGGUCCAUUGGGGUUUCUAAUGCUUUGGAUUUGACGUCUGUUGCUGUUGAUGGCACAGAAAAAUGCUCAUUCACUGCCAGCCCUCCCAGUUCAAAUGGAUUGAAUGUCUGUCGCCGUUGACAACAGCCAAUGAGUUAAACAUGAGAUGCGAAUAAAUAAUAAAAGACACAAGUUGAGAGCACUUGCGCUGUUGUGACAACAGUGCUCUAAGAUAUCUUGACAAUCGCCAAAUGUUUGCUUCAGGCUGUGCUUUUUUUUUUUUUUUUUUACAUGGCAGCAGCAUUGCAGAAAAAAGAAAAAUAGAUCUCCUUGGGCUAACCACCUGAUUAGAAUAUCAGUCACUUCUUCAGCCAGGUUUAAGAGAUUUAAUGGAUGCGAGUGGCUUUGUGGUAUUAUUCAACGUCACUGAACUGAAGGCGUGAAUUACGUUGAUAGAGAAAAAUGCACGACUUGUGGAAAUGUCAGGAUGAGCGGGGUGAGUAUUACAAACUCAUUGGCCACCAUUGAUGGCAAUAGACGUCCAGAUCAUUUUGACUGGAGGGGUUCGCAGGGAUUAUUCCUCCAAGUUGAAGUGGUUUGGACAUCUAUUGCCCUCAAUAGCACUGAAACAUCAUUCACUGCCAUCCUGCCAAGCUCAAAACAAAUUGGACGUCUAUCACUGGCAAUGGUAGCCAGUCAGUUAAUUUGUACAGCAGCCAUACUAGAUGUCACUUGACAAAUAUAUCUGUGCAAACUAUAACGAAACAAACUUGAUAAACAGUUUUCAU